CGGGGCUCGUCCGGAGCCCGGCUCGGGCGCCCCGCGCCCCUGGGCCGUAUCUUCGCCUUCUCAGGCCGGCUCUGACUUUCAUUACUCUCUUCCCGCCUCUGUAGCGUUCCGUCCUCUCCCGCAGAGAAUGACUGUCGUGCCCUGAGAAUAGUGGAGCGCACCCAAAGCCUCCGUGUUUGGAUAUUUAGGGCCCAGAACCUGGCUGUGGGGUUCAGCAAUCCCAGGGACUCUGGUCCUAAGACAGAGACCUGUGCUUACUUCCUGUUACUCUUAAUAGUGAUGCUGUUAACAAUAAUAACCAACAUUUGUAGUUCUUGUCAUGUAUCAGACGCCGUUCUGAGUACUUCAGACGUGUGUGAUUUUAAGCUUCAUAAUAGUACCACGAAGUUGGCGGUGGUGGUAUCCCCGUUUUUCGAAUGAGAAAACUUUGUAGCCCAGUGUACUGGGUUGAGUGGUGCCCCUCUCACCGUUCAUGUCCACCCCGAAGCUCAGAAUGUGACUUUCUUUGGAAAUAGUGCCUUUGCAGAUAUAAUUAGUUGAGAUGCGGUCACGGUGGAUUGGGAUGGGCGCUAAAUCCAAUAUGACUGGUGUCCUUUUAAGAGGAGGGAAAUUUGGACACAAACAGACAUUGGGGAAGAAGCACCAUGUGAAGACGGAGGCUGAGACUGGACUGGAUUUCCGCUGCCACUAGCCAGAGUAUGCCUGGGGCUACCAGAAAUUGGAAGAGUCAAGGAAAUACCCUCUCCUAGAGCCUUCCCAGCGGGCAUUGCCUUGCAGACGCCUGGAUUUCAGACUUGAAGCCUCUAGAACUGUGAGAGAAUAUAUUUCUGUUAAUGCGGAUUGUGGAUGAUGAUGUGAGCUGGACAUCUAUUUCCACCACUAAACCGGAAAAGGAGGAAGAAGAUGAUGAUGGAGAUUUGCCUGUGGUGGCUGAGUUCGUGGAUGAGCGGCCGGAAGAGGUAAAGCAGAUGGAAGCCUUUCGUUCCAGUGCCAAAUGGAAGCUCCUGGGAGGCCACAGUGAAGAUCUGCCCUCACACAGACACUUCCGUCAUGACUCCCCGGAUUCAUCUCCCCCCAGGAGGGUCCGUCACGACACCCCAGAUUCGUCGCCCCCCAGGAGGGGCCGUCACGACACCCCGGAUUCAUCUCCCCCCAGGAGGGUCCGUCACGACACCCCGGAUUCAUCUCCCCCCAGGAGGGUCCGUCACGACACCCCGGAUUCAUCACCCCCCAGGAGGGUCCGUCACGACACCCCGGAUUCAUCUCCCCCCAGGAGGGUCCGUCACGACACCCCGGAUUCCUCUCCCCCAAGGAGAGUCCAUCAUGACACCCCGGAUUCAUCUCCCCCCAGGAGGGUCCGUCAUGACACCCCGGAUUCAUCUCCUCGCAGGAGGGUCCGUCAUGAUACCCCAGAUUCCUCUCCCCCAAGGAGGGUCCGUCAUGACACCCCAGACCCAUCUCCUCCCAGGAGGGCCUGUCAUACUCCUCUGGAUCCUUCUCCCCUCAGGAAGCCUCAUCGUCACUCUUCAGGUGUGUCUUCUAGGAAAGCCCAUCACAGCACACCAGAUCCAUCUCUUCCUAGGAGGGCCCAUCACAAUUCCUCAGAUAGCUCUGUUCCCAGAAGGGCCCGAAAUAGCUCCCCUGACACAUCUCAACCUAGAAGGACUCUUGACUCCUUGGACACAUCACAGCUCAGGAGGGCCCGUCAUGACUCCCCUGAUUUGGCUGCUAAUGUCCCUCAUUCACUGCCCAGAACCAAAAGCAGUAAAGCCCCAGAAAGAGCCUCUAGCAAAAUUUCUCCACACUGGAAGGGGCCGGGACCAUCUCAUGCAUCACUCCCAAAGAACAGCAAGUAUGAGUAUGACUCCGAUGUCUCUCCUCCACGAAAAAAGCAAGCAAAAUCCCAUAAGCAUGAUUCUAAAGACUCUUCCCCCAGCCAUAGGAAGUUUCACACAAGCUCUUCACCUAGGAGACAUCGGAGUCACGUGUUGGACUCUUCCUCCUACCCAAGUGAUAGUUGGAAAGCCUCAGAUUCAGAUCUUUCUCCUCCUCGCCAUAAGCAAAGUUCAGGGCACAAGGAUUCUGAUUCAGAUCUUUCACCUCCACGGAAUAGACCUACACAUCGGAGCUCUGAUUCUGACCUGUCUCCACCAAGGAGGAAACAGAGGGUCAAAUCUUCUGAUUCUGAUCUGUCUCCACCUCGAAGGAGUCAGCCUUUAGGAAAGAAGGCUGCACACAUGUAUUCUGGGGCUAAAACUGGGUUGGUGUUAACUGACAUACAGCGAGAACAGCAGGAGCUCAAGAAACGGGACCAAGAAGCCCUGGCGUUUGAAGCUGAAUUCCAGUAUGCUGAAACCGUAUUUCGAGAUAAAUCUGGUCGUAAGAGGAAUUUGAAACUGGAACGUUUAGAGCAAAGGAGAAAAGCAGAGAAGGACUUGGAGAGAGAUGAGCUGUACGCUCAGUGGGGCAAAGGGCUAGCCCAGAGCCGGCAGCAGCAACAAAACGUGGAGGAUGCAGUGAAGGAAAUGCAGAAGCCUCUGGCCCGCUAUAUUGAUGAUGAAGAUCUGGAUCGGAUGCUGAGAGAACAGGAAAGAGAGGGGGACCCCAUGGCCAACUUUAUCAAGAAGAAUAAAGCCAAGGAGAACAAGAAUAAGAAAGUGAGACCUCGCUACAGUGGUCCUGCACCUCCUCCCAACAGAUUCAAUAUCUGGCCUGGAUAUCGCUGGGAUGGAGUGGACAGAUCCAAUGGAUUUGAACAGAAGCGCUUUGCCAGGCUUGCCAGCAAGAAGGCGGUGGAGGAACUUGCCUACAAGUGGAGUGUUGAGGAUAUGUAACUUUUCUGAGGCUGUGGGGUGGCUGUGGGUUGUGGUAGUGGACAUAGGGCAGCCAGACAUCCAGCUGUAACAGUUGUCUAUGCUAAUAAUCAGGGUCCACACAGACGAGCAACUUGAAUGCCAGUUUUGACUACGGAAGAGUAUUUUGAGACCUGAUGUUUGGAUUGAGGCACCUGGACUUCUUAGGUGUGCCAACACUGGCUAUUGCUGGCCUUCAGAGGAGGCAUUGAUUUUUCAUUGUCCCAGGGGUUGUUCUUGGUUAGGGUUUUUCUUUUUUAAUAAACAUGCAUUUAUUUUUUCAAAA